CCUUCUGCCUGCCUAUCCUCGCAGCAACAUGUGAGACACACCACGCACAAUGCCCGCGCAAGCACCCCGGGUCCAAGCACAAACAAUCAAACAAGCCAAAGCCGCCUACCGCGCCCGCGGCCACCCCACCAUCUCCGACACCGAGAAAAGACGCCUGGAGCGCCUUGCCGAGCUCGAUCGCCGGGCAUAUCGGAUCAAAGAAGCGGAGAAGCGGAAGGCGGAGGCUGCGAAGAAGAGGGCGGAGCAGGAGAAGAAGGAGCGGGAGGAGCUGCGAGCGGCGCCUUUGGGCACUCAGAGGCGGAUUGAUCGGUUUGGGCAUAAGAGCAGUCAGAUGCAUUUGGGCUUUUUUUUGAAGAGGACGAAUAGCAAGGAGGCGGAGGAAGCGGAAGCGCAGAAGGAGAAUGUGGAUGUGGGAGAGGACGAUGGGUUUGGUGAUGACGGUGUGGACGAUGAGAAUCUCCUGAACAUGCUGGAUGGAGCCAACGAUCGGCCGAUGAAGGACGUUGUUCUGACCGAUGUACCCGACGCACCACGCCAACUACCGCAACAAGACGGAUCGAACGAGGUGGUCCUAUCUCCCACACAACCAAAUAUUCCUAUGGAAGAAGAUGACUUCGGGUCGUUUCUCGACGAACUAGAGAGUAGUACUCAGAUUGCUCGAGAGCUGGCUGCGGAGGACACAAGCUACCCAAACAUAGCGCCCGCGACGGUCCCAUUGAUCUCCAGCUGCGAAGCGGACGAUUUUGACUUCACCAUCGACGACCUGGAAGCAUCAGCCACAACACCUCAAGAGAAGACAAAGUCCCAGCAAGAUCGAAUACUGAUGCCGCCUCCGCCACUUCGCGCUCCGAGCACGGUUGCCAAACCGCCCAAAUACGCAGGCUUCACUUUGACUGAACUCAAUUCCUUCAUCGAUGACGAUCUACAGCUUACGCAGGUUGCGCCGGUCUGAUUCAACAUUCACGUAUCGACACAAGAGUUUCUCCAAGGUUUAGCGACCAAUCGUGCUAUGCUGCUUGCGGGGUUACUUGAGUAUAAUGCGGAAAGCAUCAGACUCACAUGACGCCUUCCA